UCUCCUCCGCAGCCGGACAGGAGGCGCUUCCCAGGAGCCCAGACCAGAGCCUGGUCCUCGCCAUGUCCCUGACAGAGAUCGGCCUCCUGCGGUGGCUCCGGGAGGGCCGGCAGUCCAGGAAGCUCAUCCUCCUCAUCGUCUUCAUCGCCCUCCUACUGGAUAACAUGCUGCUCACUGUGGUGGUUCCCAUCAUCCCCAGUUACCUCUACACAAUGAGCCAUGAACCUAAUAACAGUGAAAUUCAGUGGGGAACGAGUCGGCCUCCAACAUCCUCCAGCUUCCAAACCAUCUUCUCCUACUAUGACAACACAACCCUGGUCACAGAGAGGUCACAGUCGGAGGGGGCAGCCGUAGAACCUACCCAGGGACCUGAACAGUCCAGCACAUCCCCGUCCGACGACUGCCCCAAAGCCGACUCCACCUUGUUGAAUGAAAAUGUGAAAGUCGGCUUACUGUUUGCAUCAAAAGCAACUAUCCAGCUGCUGACUAAUCCCUUCAUAGGGCCUUUGACCAACAGGAUUGGGUAUCAGAUCCCAAUGUUUGCUGGAUUCUGCAUCAUGUUCCUCUCCACAAUCAUGUUCGCCUUCUCCGGGACUUAUACUUUGCUUUUCAUUGCGAGAUCACUGCAAGGAAUCGGCUCAUCCUGCUCAUCUGUGGCAGGUAUGGGGAUGCUCGCCAGUGUGUACACAGACGACGAGGAGCGAGGCAACGCCAUGGGCAUUGCGCUGGGAGGACUCGCUAUGGGAGUACUGGUGGGACCUCCAUUUGGAAGCAUCUUUUAUGAGUUUGUGGGGAAGACAGCUCCGUUUCUGGUCCUUGCCAUUCUGGUUCUCUUUGACGGAGCUCUCCAGCUCUUCAUUCUUCAGCCUUCCAGAGUUCAACCAGAGAGUCAGACUGGGACAUCACUAUUUACUCUCCUGAGAGACCCGUAUAUCAUCAUUGCAGCAGGAUCUAUCUGUUUUGCGAAUAUGGCGAUCGCCAUGAUGGAACCGGCACUGCCGAUCUGGAUGAUGGAAACCAUGUGUUCCAGGAAAUGGCAGCUCGGUGUGGCCUUCCUCCCGGCCAGCAUCUCAUAUCUCAUAGGCACCAAUAUCUUCGGGCCCCUCGCUCACAGGAUAGGCAGGUGGUUGUGCGCGUUCAUCGGGAUGAUGCUGGUGGGGAUCAGCGUCAUAUGUGUGCCUUUUGCUAAGGAUAUUUAUGGGUUAAUUGCACCUAAUUUUGGAGUCGGAUUCGCCAUUGGGAUGGUGGAUUCAUCGAUGAUGCCCAUCAUGGGUUACCUCGUGGACCUGCGCCACGUCUCCGUCUAUGGCAGCGUUUACGCCAUUGCAGACGUGGCCUUCUGUAUGGGGUUUGCAUUAGGGCCGUCAGCUGGAGGCGCUAUCGCUAAAUCCAUUGGGUUUCCCUGGCUGAUGACGAUUAUCGGAAUAGUCGAUAUCAUCUUUGCUCCACUUUGUUUGUUCCUCAGAAGUCCUCCCGCCAAGGAAGAGAAGAUGGCCAUUCUCAUGGAGCACAACUGCCCGGUGAGGAAACGCAUGUACACGCAGAACAGCACGCAGCCGUAUUACGCCGCAGAUGAAGAGUCAGAGAGCGAUGAAUGAGCGGGGACUCUGCUUCGCAGCUAGUUGUUCGUACAUUUCAUUGUUGUAUCAUUGGUCUAACAGUGACAUAGUAACAAGCCAAAGGUCUAUUGUCCUGUCCUAGCAGAGUGGCGUUUCAUGGGGUGAGACUAUAAACAGCAAGUGUCAUUUACUGAGCCUAUGUGGCCCCCUGCAGACCAGGGUCCUACUGGUACAAUCACUGGUGUCAUAUAUGUGCAGUCUGACUGUGUCUUUAUUAUUGUGUUGGGCUGAACAGUCAGAAAUAUAAUGACCGCCAAGUCUCCAAUUAUCGCCGCGCUCCCCAGCUCGCACUCUCCGUGUAGACUCACACAUGAACGCCACCCGUUCUCUUGUAGCUAGAUGUGAUGUACGAAAUCUACUCACAUUACCAACCGCCUUACUGGGUAACGGACACACAAGCUUUUCUAGACCCGUUUCUAUAAAUAUUGUUGAGAAACUUUAUUUUAUGUAUUUCAUUUUAUUACAUAUUAUGCAAUAUAUUUUUAACUACUGUAACUGUAAUGUAAAUGUGUAUAAAACUAUUAAAACCCAAGAAUGUCCUGCGUCUGACUGUGUGACAAUCACUGGUGACCCUCGUCUGACUGUGUGACAAUGACUGGUGACCCGCCUCUGACUGUGUGUAACAAUCACUGGUGACCCGCCUCUGACUGUGUGUAACAAUCACUGGUGACCCGUGUCUGACUGUAUAUUAUCAUUGAUGACCCGCCUCUGUGUGUGAUAAUUACUGGUGACCCGCC